GUAGAAUGGUAACAAUUUCAUUUUGUCUGUCAAUGCAGUUGUUUCUGCCAAUGUGUUUACAUGAACAUUGGCUUCUUUUUUAUGCUGACAUUGAUGGUAAAAAAUUGCCAUGGUUGGAUUCAAACGAACAUUCUCAAAUGUCCAAUGUUUCAGAGAAGCAUGUAAUCUUACGGUGGUUUUUAGAGUUUCUAUUGCCGUCAUUGGGACAUGAUCAUAAGGAUUGGUCAUAUGAUGUCCCAAAAAAUAUUCCUAUGCAAAAGAACUCUGUGGAUUGUGCACUCUUUGUGAUGAAAUAUGCAGAUUGCCUCACACAUGGCAAUCAUUUUCCUUUCACGCAAGACGACAUGCCUCACUUUCGACAUCGGACGUUUCUUGAUCUAUACCAUGGAAGCAUAUGUGUGGGAGGGAGCCAAGGUUAUUAACUCUUGCUUAAGGAUUGGCAUUUUAAAGGGACAUAUGUUUAAUUUGCAUGGUUAAUUUUUUAAAACACAAUUUAAUGAGACAUAUCUUAAUCUUUUAACUCCAUUGAUAUACUAAAAACAUUACAAAUACGAAUUAAGUUUGAUUAAUACCAAAACCAAAGUUUAAUUUAACUGUUAACAAAAUUCACAAAGUGAGUUAAUAAAUCU